AGACGUGAUUGGUUGUAUUUUCGCGCCGCUGCUCCGUUCGGAAGGUAGGAAAGAGAGGAAUAAAGUGCGGUUCAGUUUCCUGUUCCUUUUCUCUGGAUUACUUUUGCAAACUUCUCAAGAGUGUCUGUGCAAAAUAGUGCGCAUUGGAUUACUUUUUGACGAUUUUAAAACUUAAUUAUAUAUAUAUUUUUUUUGCAUUCAUCGAAAACUUUUUUUUAUUGGUUCAUGCGUUUUGGAAACAUCGAUGAGCCCAUUGUUGUUUCAAAAUGACUCUCGUGUUGCCUUUCGGUGGUGAUCAAAUAAAUAACUCGUUGUUUUCUGGCACCGGAAGUAGUCGCAAUUCCAGCAUGCCUUGCGUGUUUGAUGGAGAAGCAUUAGACUUUGAAUCAGCAUUGAUGACGGAUUGGACAUCAGACAUAAGCGAUUACAGUACUCCAGCUGAUGAUUUCACGACGCCAGCGCCAUCUGAUUCAAGUGAUCUUAAGAGAAAAUCAUCCAUCUCUGAUAACGAAGUUCAACCCUCUCAGCCCAAAAAAUUGCGUACAGAUCAUGAUGAAGAUUCGGUGGACCAUAUGCAAUCCGAUAUCGUGUCAUCAUCCACCUCAUCUUCAUUGUCCAUUGAUUUCAACGAGCCUACUACCUCGUCAUCUUCAACAUCCCCGUCAUCAUACCUCGAUCACACUUCUUUGGAUAGCACAUCCUCGUCCCCCACAUCUUCCUCCGAAGAACAAGAGGCAUCUCCAGCCGAGGACGAAGACUACCUGCCACGACGCCGUGGCCCGCAAAUGUGGAACUCCAGACAGAGAUGGAAAGACGAGCGGAAGAAAGUGCUAAAAAUGUCCGUAAACAAAUUAACGGAGAUCGAAGAUCCCGAACUUUGCCUCCUGAGGUCAGUGCUCAUCAACAACACCAUCAAAAGGUUGCAUUUUGAUAUCAGGAAUGAGCGCCAAGCUAAGAUCCGCCAGCGACAGCAGCGGAUGGACUACUACGCUGAGAAAUUCCAGCCAUUAGACGUCUUGGGUGACGACACUCCAACGUCCACCGAUCCUUUUGUUUCCGAGUUGGACAACCAUGGUCGACUUGACGACGAACCCACCAAGUCCUGUACGAGCAGCUCUGAUCUCUACGACGAAUCAUCCUGUGACGAGAUCUUCGGCAUCAGUGAGGAUUUCCUGCGAGUGGCCAUUCCAGACCGACGAGUGUCCAGUCCUGUUCCAACCUCGCAGCCGGACAGUUCCGACAUGGACACUAGUAACGGUGCUAGCGGCGAGAGUGAGCAAUCUAUUGUGGCGACAUCGAACACUCAAACCACUUGUUACACCAGCAGCAACUCUUCGCCUCAGCUCUCAUCAUCCUGUGAUAAUGCCAUCGACUGUGCCUCAUCUCGUUUCUAUCCAGAAAACACUGCCCCCAGCAGCACCCUCUCGUCUGACAAUUCCAGCUCUGGGGUUUCGUCUUAUUCUGUGUCAUCGUCGUUUCGUCGUCUGGUUGGCCAAGUGAAUGGGGGUACUCAAUGUGCGACUCAAUUCAGAACUAACGGGGUUGGCAGUGGUGGGGACAAUAUCUUCCCGCCAAGAGUGCCCAUACUGGACUCCGUUGUUUAUCAUAGCCUCCUAGCUUCUCUGGAAUCCUCCUGAGAGAAACAAUCACCCGCCUCCUAUACUUUCCCCCUUUCCUUAGAUUUUUUGUGCACCGAAAUAGGAAAUGUUCAGAAUUCAAAAGCAAAAACUAGAUUUUAUACAUUUUCAGAGAUGUUUAUUUUUACAUUCUGGAACCAGUAAUGACUGAGUUUGCAAUCAAUAGUUCCAAGACUUGUCUGAGAAGCAGUGUUUUGACUUGUGUGUUAUUCCUGAUGUGCAUUAUUCUGUUAUUGGUUAGAACAGAAUAUGAUUCUGUCUGAAAAUAUGACCAUAUGCAAGGGCUUGUUUCGCAACCUACAAUCGGGAGGCACGUUUAGAGAAUCUAGCGUCUCAGCUUGAUGUUUUGACCAAUAGGCGAAUGCUGGAAAUUCGAAAACCUGAUAUCAGGAUUAAAAAAAAACAAUUCAAUGUUUUAAUUGAAAUAACUAGAAACAGGCUUUUAUAAACAAAAUGAGCUAAUAUUUCAAAGCUGUUAUGCAAAUUAUAGUUCACAAUUUUAAUCAAAACAAAUGUAAAUUUUUUGCAUUUUAAAGAUUUUACUUUGAGUAAUUUUAAUUCCUGAAGAUUAUUCUAAAAUUUAGUAAUGUGAGUUAUUCUUAAACACUAAGCUAUAUUAUUAGGCAUGUUUUAGCAACUAUAUUCGCUCUAGGUAUUACUUAUUACAAAGUACUAUCAAUAGUUCCGUGUCUACUAUUGAUGGUACUUUGGCAGGUCUUCUUGAACUUGUAUCACACGCAGAAACAUUUUCAGCCAACUUUUUGCUCAGCCAUUCUUUUUGGUCAUAGUAAUCACAUUUUAAGAUUAAUUUAUACUCAUCAUCAUUUGACCUGUUGUCUCGUUAUUUAUUACAUUAUUUUAUUCACCUAUUGGUUUCGUGUCUUUCGCCCCUCUCAUUUUGGAGCUGAAAUCUUGUAGCGGUAAAGAGUGUAAUUUAUUCAACUCAAUGACACCGCAAGAGUCACUCUGUUUGGUUGAGGGGCAAAAUCCGAGCAACUUUAAAGAAAAUGUUUGCAUUCGAGCUACUAUUCUAGAAGAAUAUUGAUGAUGGAAAGGGCGGAAACGAAACGAUUGAGUAAAAUUUUGCCUGGAAGUUCUUUUGCGUGUGUUUUCAAUUUAAGGGUACUUUACUAUGGAACUUCAGAAGUAUGCAAACAAAAGUUGGCGAUUAUUUUUUUAUGUUUAGCUCAUCAAGCUCCAACGCUGCCGUUUCAACCAAAUAAAUAAUUAUAAAAGUUUUACCUAAAACUUCUAUGCAAUUGCCGAUGUGUCCCUAGUGCAAUGCUGGCUUGCUCUAAGCACCACUAAACCGAUCUCAAUCGCUCCAUUACAAACCUAUGCUAAUAGUUCCGAUUGGGACCAAACCAGAAACAAAAUUUUCGAUCUGUUGCAAAUCAAAAGCUUCGGAACAUUUCUUUAUUUUGCGUAUAUUGAUUGAAUUGAAGGGAAAAAAUAUACUUGUUCGAUAAAGGUUUAAGAAAUACGGACUACGGUUUCACUUGUAUAUAGACUUAUUUGUAACUGUUGCUUGCUUAAAUCCGUUAGUCAUAUUUUCUAUGUGUUUAGUUUGACUCGCUGGUUUUAAGCAGUGAAAAGACUGAGAGAGUUUUCUUUUAUUAUGUUUGCGUGAAUGUACUUAGCGUGGAAGUGUGGUAAAAAAAUAUCCUGCUGAAGUCAUUUUAAAAAGAAAUUGAUCAUUAGAAUUAUUACGUACAGUUAUAUUUGAUUCUGUGUUACCUUUAUAUUGCCAUUUUGUUACUUAGCAGCCAGUAUGUGAAACACAUUUAAUAUUGUGAAUUCUUUUGCACAAGUGUGGAAAUCAAUUUUUGAAAAAGAACUAAUAAUAGAUGGUCAGUAUGUCCCUUUUAAAUACUAUAUGUUCUUGAUAUUCUUAUCGUGUUAUACUUAUCUAUGAAUUUCAUAAUAAUGCAGUAAAUGACGUAGAUAAAAUCAUAAAACUUUUUAUAAUAAAUAAAUAAAUGAAUAAAUAAAAUAAUAAUUUUUAAAAAAUGUUUUGUUCUGAGAAUAUAUUUGUUGAACUCUUAAAAACAUUUAUCAGGAAUAGUAUAUAUAAUUUUUAUGUGCAGUCAGUACCAUUUGUAUAUGCAUUAAAGUUAUUCACUUUCAGCAAAUUACACUACACACAACUAUACAAUUAACAUUAUACGAAUAUUUUUUAAUGAGUAUACGAGAAAUAUGCAAUUAAACUUUUUCGAUUUUUUUUUUUUUUUUUUUUUUAAAUCAGUAGACGUUACAUUCAUAAAAAUUAUGAUACAGUAAUCUGAACAAAAAGCCUUAAUCUUGGAGGGAGCAAGAAAACAACUUUCACUGAUAUCUCUGAGAUCACAAUUUAUGCUUUAAAAAUGAGGUUUCUUGUAGGGGAUAGUGCAUGUAUGCAAUAUCCAUGCAAUUUUUACUUUGAUUACAUUGGUUUGGUCACUAACGCAUUAACGCGUCGACUCACUUAAAAGCGUAAAAUUCAAAUUCUUUUAAAAUUAUGUUGAAGAAAGAAACCAUGAAGUGACUUUUAGAGAGCAAUUUAUUUUCUUAAGAAAAUUGAGUAAAAGUUUUUAUAAAUGUGACGCUGGGCGCUAAUGUGUUAGUUCCACAAUAUAGUUAGGGCUAUCCUUGAUACUGGUCGAUUUCUGUCGUUUUCGACCAUCACGCGUCUUGUAUGACGCUGUGACGUUCAUCGCAGAUACUUGAAAAAGCGUGCAGACUAGUUUCAAUUGAGGCAAAAAAAAAAAGAAAAGAAAGAAAGAAAAUUUUGACUAUAAAAUUAUCUUUAAAUUUCAAGAGUACGAAGAUUUGUACCGCAUUUUUUAGGAUAUUACAUUUGUCUGGUGUCCGAGCUGAAAACGAUGGGGAAUUUAAUUCUAGGCGUAAGAGAAUAGAGCUGAAUGGUUUUAAAUGGAGACUAAAAAAGUGCCUUAGUUUAAUUUUCGAAGCGGAGAAUUUAACGGUAUUGGAAAAAAAUGUUAACUUUAUAAACUAGCAACGAUAACAGGUACUGACUGGCAUAUAAAAUUUAAAUGAACGCAUGCUUUGAUUUUCACAUUUGUAUUGAAGAAAACGUAACAAAAGCUUAAUUUGCGUCUUUCAGGGGAACAAAAUUUUGGUUUCACAUUGCUUGCUGCAGCGACAAACUUUCCUCGCUUGUCAUUGAUUGUAAAUUAAUACAUUGACUCGUUUAUUCCAUAAUUUUAAAUUAAUUUUAAUGAAUAAUAAAUCUGUUACCAAUGAUGUGAAGUCAUUUCGACAACAUAUUUUGGGGGUGUCGCGGCUCGUGUGAAAGCAACAUGAGUGUUUUACUUACAAAUAGCUGCCACUGUAGCAGUACAAUUGCAAUGUUAAUUCAAAAAUUUCAGUUUUGCAAUCAACUUGUAUAUUUUCAACUACUAUAUAUAGAUAUAUAUAUCAAUUUAGAAAGCAUUAACUAUUACUGUUUUUGCCUCUGUGUUAUGAUCAAACGUUUUUCCUCAAUCGAACAAAAAACUAAACUAAAUAAAUAAAUAAAUGUGUUAAACUAAUUGGCUGAUAGAAGAUCAUGAAAUGGUACAUUAUAGGGCGACAAUCAAAAAGAAUUAGUGUUGUGAGAGUAAUAAUUGAUAAAUUCUGUAAUAAGUUUCAAUUUUUUUACAUUUUGAUCUUACCAAUUUUGCCUUUCAACUUUUUAACGAGAAUGAACAUUUUUAUGGUCUAAUUAACGAAGUUUAUUUUAUAGUUUCUUUUGUAAAUGCUAUAGCAAUCUAGUUUUCCCUAUGCAUCUUUACAACUUGAAUUGUUAUGUCCUUGACAUUUUAAAUAUGUAUAUUUAUAAAUACUGCGUAGGACCAAAAUAUAUAAAGGAGGAUUUUGAUUUUGUAUGUUUGUAAGAGCACGCAGAAUGUACAUUUAUUUUUCAGCUGUCGAUUCUGCUUUCGCAUUCUCUUGUUAUUGAGGUCUGAUUUUAUGCUUGAAUAAAAUAUUGCUUUUUUUUUCUGUGAUUCAGAAACUCUUACCUGUGUACGUUGUAGCAAUAUAGAUCCCAAUUCAAUAUGAAUUUUGAAAGAAAAGUUAAAUUUUAUGUAUUUUCAUUUUGGCAUGAUUAAUCUGAGGUACGUAUUUCAAAUAUUUUCUUAAGGAUUGCUUAAAUAAUUUUAAUUGUAGUAUUAUGCUCAUUUUUAAUUAUGUAGUUCAUUGUAAAAUGGUUUAUUUUCUAGUAAAAUGAAUUACUACUUAUUUCCUGGCUAUACAUUUGUGAAAAAUUAGUACCGAUAAAAUAAGAAGAGAUUAUUCGAUUUUCCCUCAGUUUUCAAUUUUUUUCCAAGAUUAUUUUAUUUUUUAAAGGGUAAAAUUUUUAUUAUAUUCAAAGGUUUUUUUUUCCUUCAGAAGUUUUAAUUUCAUUGAUAACGGUUUUAUCUGAGCAAUAAUAUAUUUAUGAAAGUUUUCGAGUUAAAUUGUCAGCCCUGGUAUUUAUCAUUAAAUUAUAAGUUUUUAAAAUAUGUCUUGCAAUAUUCAAUAAAAAUGAAGUAAAUUUGGAAGAAUUUCCUUGUUUGAGAUCUCAAAACUAAAUGUUUUGCUGGAUUUGCAUGCCUCAUUAACUUAUUUUCAUAGUUACGACAACAGACUGUCCUAUUUUAAAAAUACUGAAUAAAUAUUUAUUGUUAAAAAUAUGCAUUAUGUAUUGCAUAAUUGUACAGCAUAAAACAUUUCUGUAUUUGAAUAUUUAUAUAUAUUUUUUACAUUUUUUAAAAAACGGUAAAAAGAAAAAAAAUUAGUUUUGCAAUGCUUUUAGCUACCAGUUUUUCUAAGUCGCUUGUAAACAGCUAAAGUUAAUACGUUUUGAUAGUUGUGCUGCCCAUCUAGUCGUGUAUAAUUUUAAAUUUAAAAUUUCAAAAUCUUUUUCAAGCACUUAUAGAGCAAUAGUACAUUUUUAAAAUCAAUAUUAUCACUUCUAAAUCAGACUUUACGUUUUAAAAGUUUAAAAAAAUACAGGGACUUAAAUCUGAAAACGCGUGCUUUUCUUAAUCAGUCUUAAACGCUUUUAAUUUUAAUGAUAGAAAACUUAUUUGCAUUUAAAAAAAGUAUGUAUUAUUUUCCCGUCAAAAUGAUCUUACUUAUAAAAAAAAAUGUUGCGCUCUAUUUUCUGUUUAAUAUAGUAUCAGCUUUGACAAUCAGUUCAGUGUCCAAUUUCACUAUUCUAGGCGCUGUUUUUAAUGUUUUUUUAUAUAUAUAUAUAUAUUUUUUAUUCGCAAUAACAAUUGCAUGCAUUGUCUUCGUGUGAUGGAAAAAAUAAUAGUAAAAUUUGCCAAACGUAUUCGUUUUAUUUGUACAUUAGGCAUGUAUAUGGUGACACUUUAGCAUCAUGUAUGAGCAUUUCGAAUAAAAUAUUAAAUGCAUCGAAACCUGUCAAUUCAUUUUUUAAAAAUAAAGUGCUUUUAUCUAUAAUUAAAUUAUCUCCUUAUCUUUUGGUAAUUUUGAGCUUCACUAUUAUCAGGGGUGCAAUCUCCACAAGAGUAAGGACUCCCCCCUCCCCAAAUAUCGCGUAAACCACUCAAGAGCAAGAGCCCUCCCUUCCCCCUCAAAAAAUUUUAAUGGCGUAAUCUGCGCUUCGUUCACCCUUACUUGAGCACCCCUGUUACUAUCCCUUGAAAUUUAUCAAAAUCAAAGCUUAUGAGUUUGCAUUGGUUUCAGCAUCGUUUUUUCUUAUCCGAAGCAUAAAUUGAAAAAGCGCCGCCUAUGGGCACGCGGUAGCAAUAAUAUAGUGUCGUUGGGUUCUAAAUAUUUGUCAAAGCUACUACUAAAAUGGAGUGGAUACCAAAAGUUGGCCUUUUCACUAUUUCACCGUUAUGAAUAUCAAAAAAAUAUGUGAAAAUGAUUGCUUUUGACCACAAAAUUUGCCAUUUUUUUUAAAUAUAUAUAUCAUAAUAUGUAUUAGAGAUAUAAAUUAGUACAGAAAGAAACAUCAGAAUUAUUUAUUUCAUAUAGAUUGAAUUACUUACAUUAUUUGAAAAAGAUGAUGAAUCUUUAAGAAGCUGUAUUUUUUACGAGAAAUACUGUGAUAUUUGUUGCCAAGCAGUGAUUGACGGUUUGCUGCUAAAGCCAGUGAUGUCUGCCUUAUUCGAUGAGUAACAUAAAUUAUCUGUUUGUCGUGUUCUUUUUUUUUUUUUUUGUACGUAGUUGAGUAAUGGCAAGGAAAUGGUACAGAAAUUAUUAGUCACAUUCGUUUUCGAGCUCUUCAUUCAAAUCAAUCAAAAAUUUAACGGGACUGUUAAUACUUUAUAAUGUACAAAAAUUAUUUAUGGUUUGCUCUACAAAAAAAAAUCUUUUUAAUCAGUGCUGUUUUUUACCAGUAACUUAUUUUUUCUUUAAUCGUUGUGAUUUGUUUUCGCUGAUUGAGGUGGACCUAUGAAAUAGCAUUUAAAAAUAUGCUCUUUAAUUUGUGUUAUUUAUGAUUUUUGUGUCUCAUGAAAGGGAGAAGCUUUCAAUUUUUAAAUCGUUUAUUAUUUUUUUAUUUUUGUCUCAAACCGCUGCUACAAGUGUUUGUAUGUUAGAAGGAAAAUUAAUAUAUAUUAUAUUAAAUAAAACUGAGCAACUAUAUCUUGAUGCCAUUUAAGUGAAAAAAAGUCGAAAUUAAAAGGGAAAAUAACCUUUUUUUUUUGUAGCUUUCUAUUAAAAGGCGUGUAUGGGGCUCAACGUGUUUGUUGAAACGUUUGUUCCACAUGCUUGCGAAAUCUGGCAGCGGUUUAAUGCGCAAGAACAUUCUAACCCCACCAAUGCAAUUUUUAUAUGGUAUUUGGAGGUAUAAAAAUUUUUAAACUUUUGUAUCUGACAAUUUUGACAAAAGUAAAAGUCAUUGAUUUUUGAUUUGAAUAAAGUGAAGUGAAUUCAUUUCCUUACCAUUUCCAAUUACUGUGACUUUGUCUUGGAAUGAGGUUUUUUUUAUUUUUUUCCUUUCUUUAAAGUUCUUUUUUGCCUUUUUCAUAUAUAUAUAUAUAAAAUAUAUAUAUCACGUUGACUGCAGUUUCGAAAAGCGGCGGAACGAUCUGUACCGCAAACGAGCGUAGUUUGUACUUGAUGCCAAAUAAUUACUCUGCAGUCUUUGAUAUGCUGUACAUUUGAGCUGCAAUAUCUAUAUAAUAAAUGCAAAUGGAAG